AUGCUGGACUUCUCAGAAAAACAAAAGAAGCUGUGGAGUGAAUGGGAGCUAAGGAUAUUAGUCCUCUGCAGCCUCUUUCUGCAAAUCUUCCUCACCAUCUCUGCACCUUUCAGAAGACGAAAGUCAGCCAAAUGGAUCCGCCCAUUCAUCUGGGCCUCCUACUUGCUAGCCGAUUGGGUCGCUGCUUUCGCCCUAGGAAUCCUCUCCGAUAGCAUAACCAGUAGCCCAGACUGCAAUAAUAGCCACUGCACCAACAUCAACAACGCCAAUGAACUCAUCGUUUUCUGGUCCCCUUUCCUUCUAAUCCACCUAGGUGGACCCGACACCAUAACUGCCCUCGCCCUUGAAGACAACGAACUAUGGCUACGCCACCUCCUCGCACUCAUAAUCAAUCUUAUCGGCACCGUUUACGUCUUUAUCCGUACUCUCCCCAACAAUCACUUCCUCAUCCCAACCCUCAUCAUUUUCACGGUGGGGAUAAUACGGUACAUCCAACGCACCUGCUCUCUCUACUUGGCAAGCAGUGGUGUUUUUCGCCGAUCAAUAGGCAAAGAAUCAAAAACAUCAAACAGCAGUGGCUUCUUGCCAGAACCCGUCCGAGGGAGAAUCAACAGUAUCGAAGCAGUGCAGUCAGCUCAUAGAUUCCUCACUACCUACAGUCGUCUCAUCGUCGACUCUCCCCUCAGCUUCGAGAAUCGAGACCAAAGCCGCUCCUACUUCAUGAUCCUACACCCCGAAGACGCCUUUGGAAUAAUCGAGGUCGAGCUGGGAUUGCUCUUCGACAUGCUCUACACUAAGGCGACGGUGAUCCACAACUACAUCGGCUACUUCUUCCGGCUCAUCUGCUUCUCUUUCAUCCUCAUCGCCCUUCUUCUCUUCAUCCUCUUCGACAAGCGCAGAUCCCAUCUUGUCGACAGGUUCAUUACCUAUAUUCUCUUCAUUGGGGCCUUGACAAUUGACCUUAUUGACCUUUUUCACCUCAUCCGAUCUAACUGGUUAGUCCACUUUUCCGAAAAUCGAAAGCUUUGCUGCCUUGCCGACCAGAUGUUUGCAAAAUUACACCCUGAUUUUCCACUGAGGCAUCACGCAUCCAUGUCCCAAUGCAAUCUGAUAAGCUAUUGCCUACGCAGGCACUCGUCGACGUGCCUGCAUUUCAAAUGCAAUUUUAUUGAUGAGGUUGUGACGUGGCUGCAGUUCAAAUGCAAUUUUAUUAAGAACGUGCCUGUCUCAACCAAUAUCAAAUCCUUCAUCUUCAACGAUUUACUGAAUAAGUCGAAAGCUGAGAACAGCUUAAACAAAAUCAAGGAAAUGUUCAAAUACAGAUGGAACUGGGCCAUCGAAGAAGGUACCCCCGACCGGAUGCCGGACUGGUUUUUCAACGUUGAUUUGGAAGAGAGGAUUCUGAUAUGGCAUAUCGCUACAGAUAUCUGUUACCACUCGAGAGACUGUAAAUCCCUACAUCGAGAUGUCAGCAAGCUGGUGUCAGAUUACAUGCUUUAUCUUCUAGUCAUACAUCCCACCAUGAUCUCAUCGACGGAGGGGAUUGCGGAGAGCAGGUGGAAGGAUGUAUGCCAACUGAUUAAUAAGUUCAUCGAGGAGGGCGAUUUGAAGGACGACAAGAGCCUUUGCCGGAAGCUGCUUGAAAAGCAUAGUCUUACGGAUCGUAGAAAGAUCGAACGGUCCGAUGAUCUGCUGAAGAAUGCGUGUUUGGUUGCCCAUAAGCUGUUAAAUCAGCCUGAGAUUUUUGCGUGGGUGAAUAUAAGCAGAGUUUGGGUGGAGCUACUGUGUUCUGGUGCGAACCACUGCAGUGGCAAGGACCACGCUCAACGGCUGGCUUGGGGAGGGGAAUUUCUCACUACCGUUUGGCUUUUGAAAGCUCACCUUGGUCUGGCUCACCAGUACAGGGUUGAGUUUAACGAUCCUCAAGCGAGUGCGGAUUAG